CUGCCUGUCAGAUGCCUCAUUGCCACCUGUGAUGCUCAGACAGAAACCAUGAGCCCUGAAAAACACCCUAUUGUUUUGUGAUGUCACCUCUGGAAUGUUCUGAGUGUUUUGGUGACCAACUUCUGCAUAGGACCUAUACCUGGCAACUCACACUGCACUCAAGGCCAAAUUUUACAAGAAAAAGAGAUACCAGAUCUGAAAGCCUAGAAAUUCCAAUCAAUGUGGUUCUACCUCAGAGGGGCACAGCCCAGCCCUUCCCGAGGCUCCACAACUUGCACAGCAUCCCUCGCUGCGUGCAGCAGGCCGCCCUGCCCCGGCUGAGUCGCAGGAUGGCGAGCCAGCACUCCUACCCGCUGAACCACUUCUCCUCUGUGCCCUUAGACCCCAUGGAGCGCCCCAUGUCCCAGGCCGACCUGGAGCUGGACUACAACCCGCCGCGGGUGCAGCUCAGCGACGAGAUGUUCGUGUUCCAGGACGGGCGCUGGGUGAAUGAGAACUGCCGCCUGCAGUCUCCCUACUUCUCCCCAUCCGCCUCCUUCCACCACAAGCUGCACCACAAGAGGCUGGCCAAGGAGUUCGUGCUGCAGGAGGAGAACAAGUCUCUGCGGGAGGAGAACAAGGCCCUGCGCGAGGAGAACAGGAUGCUCCGCAAGGAGAACAAAAUCCUGCAGGUCUUCUGGGAGGAGCACAAGGCCUCGCUGGGCCGGGAGGAAAGCCGGCCCCCCUCACCGCUGCCGCAAAAGGACAGCGCGUCCCUGGAGGUGGUGAAGAAGGACCACGUCGCCCUGCAGGUGCCCCGCGGCAAGGAGGACAGCACCCUGCAGCUACUCCGGGAGGAGAACCGCGCGCUGCAGCAGCUGCUGGAGCAGAAACAGGCCUACUGGGCCCAGACAGAGGACGCAGCCGCCCCCGCCGAGGAAAGCCAGCCGGCCCCCUCGCCCCACGAGGAGCCCUGCAGCCCCGGGCUGCUGCAGGACCAGGGCUCCGGCCUCUCCUCCCACUUCGAGGAGCCCAGAGGGCCCCCGGCCCCGCAGGAGGACUCCAAGACCCUGCGCGCCCUGCGGGAGAUGGUCAGCAACAUGUCCGGGCCCUCCGGGGAGGAGGAGGCCAAGGCGGGCCCGGACCUGCCCGACGGCUGCCAGCCCCUGCAGCUGCUGAGAGAGAUGAGGCAGGCGCUGCAGGCCCUGCUCAAGGAGAACCGGCUCCUGCAGGAGGAGAACAGGACCCUGCAGGUGCUACAGGCGGAGCACAGGGGCUUCCAGGAGGAAAACAAGGCCCUGUGGGAGAACAACAAGCUGAAGCUGCAGCAGAAGCUGGUCAUCGACACCGUGACCGAGGUCACCGCGCGCAUGGAGAUGCUCAUCGAGGAGCUCUACGCCUUCAUGCCGGGCAGGAGCCAGGACCCCAAGAAGCCCAGCAGGGUCUGAGGCCUCCGCCGUGCACCGGGACGCCGAGUUUGGGACACCGAACACUGAGCAAAAGAGAAUCCCCUGCCUGCCUUUGUCGUCCUCGCCUUUCCCAACUAGUUCGUACCUAUUGAAAAGCAGCGUUAGCGGCCUUCCUAAACUCAGAGUAUUAAUAAAGGUGUGAGGAGGCUGGGGCCAGUUGACACCA